AUGCUAUUGCUACGCAACCUGAUCUGCCUUGUGGCAUGCUGCAGUCUUGCAGCCGCUCGCCAGCCAUCCCAUCGACCUGUCGUUGACCUGGGAUACGAAAUCUACCAGGCCGCCGAGGAAGGAAAUCUCACCCAAAGCUACUACACCUUCUCGAACAUCCGCUACGCAGCCCCCCCUGUCGGCGACCUCCGCUGGAGAGAAGCCGUGGCCCCGCAGGAGAACCGGACUGUCAUCCAGUCCAACCCGGACGAAAUAACAUGUCCUCAGGGAACGACGGCAUGGCAGAUCAGGACGAGCAGUCAGCUUAACGGGUAUCUGGACACGGGGAUAGUUCCGAACGUUUCGUUCGCGAACUUGACUUCGCUUCUGCAGACGGGGCAGGAGGACUGCCUUUUCCUCGAUGUGCUGGCGUCCAAGAAGGUCUUUGACCACGUUAGGAGCGGAAGGAAGGUGCCUGUUCUCGUUUGGAUACAUGGCGGCGGGUUCACCACAGGCUCCAAGACCGACUUCGGGUCCCCGCGAACCCUCCUCAACCGCGCAGAGGAGAACGACGAGCCAGUCGUCUAUGUCGCCCUCAACUACCGCGUUGGCGCCUUUGGCUUCCUCUCCGGGCCCUCAUUCGAACGCGAGGGCGGCCUCCUAAACGCCGGCCUGCUCGACCAGCGCAAGGCCCUGCAGUGGAUCCAGGACAACAUCCACCGCUUCGGCGGCGACAAGGCGCAGGUCACAGUCUUCGGAGAGUCUGGCGGCUCGGGUUCGAUUCUGCACCAUAUCACUGCUGGUGGAGGAGGUAUCCAGCCGUUGUUCAACAGGGCGAUUCUGCAGUCGCCUGCAUACUUUCCCUACCGCUCCACGCAGGACAAGGAGAAUGCAUUCAACUUGUUUCUGGGCCAUGCAAACGUUAGCAGUAUCGCGGACGCACGCAAGCUGUCUUCGGAGGCCCUGAUCACAGCGAACGCCCAGUCAAUCGGCGAAUCCCUCCCCUACGCAUCCCCAAUCUACGGGCCAACCCCAGACGGCGACCUCGUCAUCAGCGACCCGAAAGUGCACCUCGCCCGCGGCGAAUUCGCUCAGUCGCUGGAAAUUAUCACGGCAUACAACGCAGACGAAGGACUCGUCCUCGUUCCCGCAAUCCACACCGACGCCGAAUAUCACUCCUUCCUCCAAGCAAUUCUCACGAACGCGAAUGCGUCGACGAUCGCCUACAUCGCGGACACCCUCUACCCGCCCGCCUUCGACGGGUCGCAGGGCUAUACAACCCAGUUCCAGCGCGUGGCCAAAACAGCUGGAGACCUGAUCAUUGACUGCAACGCCGUCGCAGCCGGUCUGGCCUUCGGACUGCGCGCGCGGGGGUACUAUUUCUCGACAUACCCGGCCGUCCACGUGCAGGAUAUCUCGUAUACGUUCUACAACCCGGAGAGCAAGGCGUCGUACUCGCUUGUUGAUACGGGGGCUGUCAAUGUGACGAUUGCGCAUGUGCUGCAGGACUAUAUUACUGGAUUUGCGACGCGGGGAGCCAUGGAGAGUGAGGGCGAUGGGUUGGCGAGAGGUAUUCCGUCGUAUUCUCCGCGCGGGACGAUGGUGCGUUUGGAUUCGGAGGAGAUUGAGCUGAUCAGCGAUCCGGGGCUGGAUGAGAGGUGUCGGUGGUGGGCGUCUGGGGUGUACAACGGGUGA